GUUCAACAGCAGUCAGGAUUCUCAUUCGGUACCGGCGCAGUUGAGGUUGAGAUUGUCUUAUUUACAGCAGCACAACCAGCUACAACAGCGACGACCUUAGCAAGCACUCAAGCGUCCACGUUAUUCGGCACAGCACCAGUUACAUCAGCAUCCGUUGGCGGUGGCAUAAGUGCGCAGAAAGCACCUCAAGCUCCAGCGCCCACAACGACGGCAUCACUUGCUAGCACAGUCGCGCCGCCUCAGAUUUCAUUCGGUAGCUCGGCAGCUUCGACUGCCUCUACAGGAUUGACCUCAUCAGCAGCUCCUACCUUCUCAACACAGUCUCUUUUGUCAACUACGAAAUCCCAACCAACUACAACACUUGGAGCAGUCACCACUGCUACCACUAGCACUACGAGGCCCACAGCGGGAUUGACAGCUCCGAGUGCAACAACUCAGGCUGGAUUGCAGUCGUCUGGUCCCAGCACCACUACUUCGAGUAGCAGCACUCCGUCGUUGACUGCGGCGCUGUUCGGUACUGCUCCAGGAGCUGCAGCAACAACUACGAGCUCAACUGCAGCUGCAACUAGUAGUACGACUGCAGCUACUAGCACCACUACGACACUUCAACCGAGUAAUGUGGCACAGGCAGCUGCACCCACUGCAACAGCGAUAUCGACAACAAAGCCGUUACUGUUCAAUGAAUUGGAGCAGUUAUUGAGUCGAAUGGUGCUGGAUGUUGAGUCACAGGAACGUGUCUUCAUGAAUCAAGUGCUUGAGUUGAAUGCGUAUGAUCGCGUUUUACGAGAAAAUCAGCAAAAAAUAUUUUCGUUGAGUGAAGAAGUGAAGCAACUGGAAGAGGAUCGCGAUCGUUUCGUGCAUACAAUCGAUUUUGGUGCACAACAACAGACCGAACUGGAGAAUAUGGUGGUUGAGUUGGAGAAGUCAUUAGGAAUGGGCGAUUGGAUCGAUAUGGAACCGGUGAACCUACCAGAUCCAUCGUUGUCCACUCAAGCUGAUGCACAACGGCAAGCGAUAUUGCAACUUCAACUUCAAAUUGACGCGCAAUUGAAGCAAGCAGAUGAUGAUAUUACCGAUAUCGUUGAACAGGUGGAGGAAUUGAACGAUCGAUCGCGAGGCAAUGAUGAGAAUAGUGCAGCGAAUACGGUCGAUCAAAUAGCGCUGAUUUUGAGAAGACAAAUGGAUUCGUUACACUGGAUUGAUGAGCAAACAGAAGAGAUAAAGAAAAAAUUAGCAUCCGUAUCAGAAGAACUGAUGUCGGUAUAG